GAAACCCUUGUAUCUCAGAGCAAAUGUCUUCAGUUCAUAAGUGUUAGAUCUGCUUGGAUUCUGUAGCAUUUCUAUUUAAGGAACAUGCUUCUACGGUCAGGAAGUUGAUACGUUCCGGAAGUGAUGCCCUGAAAGACAAGUUAAAAAUUGACUUAUCUUCUGAUGGACAUCAUGCGAUCGUUGAAGUGGAAGAUGUCUCAUUAAAUGCUAAGAUGGUUGACUUGCCUUGCGUUAUUGGAAGCCUGAAAACUCUUGAUAACAAAACCUUUUAUAAAACGGCAGAUAUUUCCAAGAUGCUUGUGUGUACCGCUGAUGGUGAUCUCCACUCUUCUCUGGAAGAACCAGUUGCUUCUGCUGAUCUUAAAGUAACAGGGAAAAAUAAAAAGAGACAGAAAAAAUAUGCCUGGAAGCAUGGCAUUACUCCACCACUUAAGAACAUCAGAAAGAAAAGAUUCCGCAAAACAACAAAAAAGCGGGUUGAUUUCAAACAAGUAGAAGAAGUGAGCUUUACUGAGGAAAAAGACAUUUCUGCAAACCACAGAGUGUUAAAUGAUUUUUCGGAGAUUCUCCCUUCCCAUACUCUGGUUCAGAACAUUGACUCUCCUGAUGUGAAAGAGGGAGUGACAAGACUCCUGAAUUCAGAUGCUGAAGCUCUCAGUGUCCGAUGGGAAGUCAUUGCUGAAGGUGAAGCCAAGGACAUAGAAAGUCAAGGUUUCAUUCCAAGCUUUGAGAUAUCCCCAGGUGCAAGUGGCUAUGAGCAGGGUCAUAGCUCUGCAGGAUAUGGUAUGUUUCGGGAGAGGCUCAAUCAGUCUACCAGCAGCAGUGAUGAUGAGGAGGACAGUAGUGAUGAUGAUGAUGAUGAAGUGGAUGAUUAUGAUUAUGAGGAUGAAGAGACACAUUAUUAUGAAGAUAAUCUGCAAAGGGAGCUACAGGCCAAGUUAACUGAAUUUGGCCAGUGUGAGUUGAAGGAAGGAGCCAGUUCAAUAGUCAUGGAAAUUCAGAAGCAGAUUCAUUACUUUGAGAAAAAGCUCCAACAGAUUUGGCACAAAGAACAAAGACAGAAUGAGCUCAUCAGGAAUGUGGGAAACCUGACACUCAAGAAUCAUUUACAUUCUAUGCUGGAGCAGCUUAAGUUACAGAAAAAACAAACAAAUGAUCAGCUCUCUUACCUACAGGAAAAACUGAAGUACUUUCUGGAGAAGUAAGGAGAGCCUUCAGCCUGGCACGAACCUUGGAUGCCCCAUGCAGACUGAAGACUGCGUGAAAUUUCGUUUCUGUUUAUUUCAUUGCCUUAUUUUGAAUCUUUUUUUUUUAGAGGGCAGUGCCACUGGCCCUCCUAUGUGGGAUCCGAACCGGGAUCCUCUGGCGUCCCAAGCCAGCUCCCAACCAACGCGCCACUCGGCCAGCCCUUGAGUAAUUUUUAUUAUUUGUUUCUCUGAGCCAUUUUUACUAAUUAUAUUUGAAGUUUGUAGUCAUGUAGAAAAGGACAGAAUAUAAAAAAAUAGUAGACCGAAAGACCCAACUCAACUAUGAGACUUUGCUUCUCUUUAUGAAUUUGAGAAUUACUUACAUUGCUAUGUUCUGUGGUGCCUUCAGAUGAUUCAGCCAUGCUUGCCAAAGACACAGUCUAGACUAAAGGCCAUACAGCUGGUUUGCAUAUGUUUUAGCUUUUCCUUCGGUUUGUUUUAAAUAUUUCCUAAAUCACUGAACAAAUCAAGUAGUUUUUAGCAAGGGCUGGGCCUGGGCACAGUGAAUUUAAGUGCCUACCUCUUGGCAGCUAUUAUAGUAGGCUGUGUCCUGUCUCUGUUCAUGUAAUAGGGGCUGCUUUCCUGCUCAGGGAUGAUUUCUUACUACUAUUUUUAUUCUGCUGUUGUGUUUUUAGGACUGUGGCUGGUUAUUAUUUGCCAGUGAAUGAAAUAGUUAGAGCAGAGAUUAAAUUCUGAGCUGUUUUACUUAUUCUGAGCCUCUUCAUCCUAACCCCCAUCGGAAAAGGUUAGGAAAAACCAGAUGCUUGUGAAGACUCCUUUAAAACCUCUACGUGGUUUUGUUUUCUUAGCUGUAGUGUUAAGGUUUCCACUCUGUA